AUGAUAAAACUAAAAGGAAACACCAAAGCAAAAAGCUUUAUUUUUCACCUUUACACAAAAAUUCUUACGAUUUUAUUUUUUAUUUGGAUAUACCAUUGUCACAUCGAUGAUAAUUACUUAAAAAUGAUUAAAACGAAAAGAGAGAAAAACAUCUUAAAAUUAAGUAAAUUGAAGGAUAUGACAACAAAGGAACUAAUGAAUUACAUGUAUGAAAAAAUAAAAAACAUUUUGAAAAGUACAGAUUGCUACUGCGAAAAAAAAAUAUUCACUAGACUUUGUGAAUUACAUAAAAUGACAAGAGAUAAGAAUACUGAUCAGAAAACGUUUAUAAUUUCAGUAUUAAAAAAUAUCUUUAUUGUAUUGACCAUACCUCUUUUUAUAUGUUUCAUAGGAGCUUUAUUUUGUACAGGUAACUCUUCGCUGCCAACAUCUUUGUAUCAUGGUACUUCAUUCUUUUCAUUAUUAUCUAUAUUAUAUAUUGUAUAUUUUUAUAUCAAAAUUUUAAAGUUCCACAUUAUUCUAGAAAAAGGAUAUAAGCCUACUUUUUAUGAUUACAUUUAUUUUUAUAAAAACUGCAUCUUACUAUUAUUUUAUUUUUUUUAUUUUUUGUGCCAUAAUGUUCUUGCAAUACAGUUCAUUAAAUAUAUUUCCAUUAACCCUUUGUGUUUUAUAGAAAUUAUUACUAUUCUAUAUAUACAUAUGUGCAAAUACUUUUGA